UCUCGCACAUCUCUCCGCUUCGCAUCAAAAGGUUUAUGAAAUUCCGAUCACUCCGUCAAAUAGGGUUUACGGAUUACGCUCCCAUCAGUUCUUUCUUUCCCUCCUCAGCAGUAGCAAUGGGCGCGCAGAAGAAAGGCUCGAGCAGGGUUACGGAGGACGCCGAGGAGCUGGCUCGGAAUCCACUUCAGGCCAUUCUCUUGGCCGAUAGCUUCACCACCAAGUUCCGUCCCAUCACCCUCGAGCGCCCUAAAGUGCUUUUGCCGUUGGUGAACGUUCCGAUGAUCGACUACACGCUCGCUUGGCUGGAAUCGGCUGGCGUCGAGGAAGUUUUCAUUUUCUGCUGUGCGCAUUCGAGGCAGGUCAUGGAUUACUUGGAGAGCUCGGGAUGGCACAAGCAGCCUAACUUCACCGUCGCCAUGAUCGAGUCGAACAAUUCGAUUAGCGCCGGUGAUGCUUUGAGGUUGAUAUACGAGCGCAAUGUGGAUGAGAGUGUUAAUUGUGAACUUGUUGCUGCUGUAUGAUUCUGAUCGGAUAUUGCGUUGUUCCUGAAGAUACAUGGGGACUUUGUCCUAGUCAGUGGGGAUACAGUGAGCAACAUGUCACUGACUCACGCGGUAAAAGAACACAAGGAGAGAAGAAAGAAGGACAAUAACGCAGUCAUGACCAUGGUCAUCAAGAAAUCAAAGCCUUCUCCAGUCAUCCACCAGUCGCGUCUAGGUACUGAUGAGCUGUUUAUGGCCAUUGAUCCUGAUACAAAGCAACUUCUCUGCUACGAGGAGAGAGGAGAGCACCCGAGAGGAGCUAUAUCUCUUGAAAAUUCGUUACUUGCUGAUAAUCCUUCUAUCUCGCUUCAUAAUGAUAAGCAGGAUUGCUAUAUAGAUAUAUGCUCCCAAGAGGUGCUGAGUUUGUUUACGGACAAUUUUGACUAUCAACAUCUUCGUCGUCAUUUUGUGAAAGGCUUGCUGGUUGAUGAUAUAAUGGGGUACAAAAUAUUUACUCAUGAAAUUCACUCUAGCUAUGCGGCUAGGAUUGAUAACUAUAGAAGCUAUGAUACAAUCAGUAAAGAUAUCAUUCAGAGGUGGACAUACCCGUUUGUGCCAGAUGUGAGAUUUUCUGCAAAUUGCACAACUAAACUUGAAAGAGAGGGGAUGUACAAGGCACCAGAAAUACAACAGUCACGGUCAGCUCAUAUUGGGCCAUUUACUGUUAUUGGAAAAGGGACCAGAAUUGGGGAUGAUUCAAGAAUUACUCAUUCUGUUAUUGGAGAAGGAUGUACUAUUGGAUCUAAUGUUUCAAUAGUGGGUUCAUACAUAUGGAACAAUGUUACCAUUGAGGAUGGUUGUGAGUUGCGACAUGCAAUAGUAUGUGACGGUGUGAUUAUAAAAGCGGCCGCGACUUUGGAACCCGGGGUUGUAUUGUCCUUCAAGGUUGUAAUUGGAAGAGAAUUUGUUGUUCCUGCCUACUCGAAAGUGUCUCUGUUUCAGCAGCCAACUGCUCAGGAUAGUGAUGAAGAGUUGGAGUAUGCUGAUAGCAGCAGUGGAGCAAUCGAUCCAUCCAUUGCAGAUGCUGGUAACAAGUUGAAUGGGGAUAUAGUAUCUGAAUCAUCUCAAAUACAAGAUUGGUCUACUUCGCAGCUUGGACCUGGUGGUGCUGGUUUUAUUUGGUCAGCUUGUGAUGGAGGUUGUGAGGAAGAGUGGAGGCACUCUGUUGCACCCAUUCCUACAGAUCAGCUUGCCAAGGCAUUGUUAGCCAUAGAGGAGGAUUCGGAGAUCGUAAAAGUUAGCGACAGUGCUCUUACACCUUCUGGAGAGCUGGAACCUGGGUCUGACGACGAUGACUCUGAUAACAUGGAUGACUCCAAUGUUGACACUGUUGAUUUUGAGAAAGAGGCUGAAGCAACCUUUUUGAGGGCUGCCCAGGACAAUAUUGCAGUCGAUGAUUUGAUCCUUGAAAUGAACUCACUACGGUUAUCAUACAACAAGUCUGCUGGGGACUGUACCGGAGCCUUAUUUUAUCCAAUGAUGAAACUGGCUUUGGAAUCUCCGCACAACACAGCUGUUGAAUUGCAAAAGAACGUCGCUAGUGUUGUGAGCAAGUGGCACAAACUAUUUGAGGUUCUUGCUAAAGAAGUAGAUGACCAGAUUGAACUGAUAAUGAAAUUUGAAGAAAUGUGUCUCGAGUCUACCAAGGAGUUUGCUCCAAUUUUCUCCCAGAUUUUGUAUCUUCUAUAUGAAAGAGAGAUCAUAGGAGAGGAGGCCAUUUUGAGGUGGGACGACGAGCGAAAAGAUGCAGAUGAAUCUGACAGGGUUUUCGUGAAACAAUCAGAGAAGUUCAUUCAAUGGUUGAGGGAAGCGGACGAGGAAGAAGACUGAAACCAGUCAGCAAGGGGAGGUGCUGAUUCGAUUUUUGAUACUCUGUCAAAAGCUGUAGGGGGGUGGAUAAGAAAUGAUAAGAUACAUACGAUUUUGACUCUGGUGUCUGGAAUUCAGUCGCCUUGUAACAUCAAUUUGUUGCGGCGGUUUUUGUGUACUAAUCUGCGAGUGUUCAUCUGAGCUGAGUUGCUAACUGCAGGUCACCUUGUCAGGUUUUUUUUUGCUGCUUAACCUGUCCUUUGGUUUCAGUUAUUCCGCCAUUUUGCACUCACAUGUAUAUGAUGCACGAUAGUGAUCGGAAGAAAUAAUGUCGUCUAGCGGCUGUUUGCUAAAUGCUGUGUGAAAUUUCCAGUCGUGUGUUUGUUCAUCUCUUCGAUUUUCUACACCUCAUAUCUGCCAGGUGCAAGCUUGGGCCAACCAGCUAUGGAGUAAGAGUAGAGAUGGUCAAAUUAGGAUUUUGUUGGUCCCUGGCACUUGAACAAUGAGAUGUAGAGUAUCCAAAUCCAAUUGGAUUGGUGGAUUUAUGUAUUGAUCCAUGAAUUUAAAUGACAAAUUACAAUUUAGUAUUUAUACUUUUUAUAUUUUAUAUUUUGGUACCUAAAAUUUUUUCGUAUGAAAUUUUAGUACCUAAACUUUUUAAA